GAUUAAAGGUCAAAAGUUUCGCGGGAAUCAACAUGGCGAACGAGAUGACAACUACAGCACCGGAUUCGGUGCAAUGUCCCGUUUGUUUUAAAGACUUUAAGCCUGCCACAAUUAACGGACACCUCGACGCGUGUCUGCUGAAAAGCGUUACCGACAGCAGUCCGUCCACAACAGACGACAGCGAGCCUCCUUUAAAGAAAUCUCGCAUUACUGCGGAGGCUGAACCACCCAGCCCCCGUGUCAACAAAACGGUGGCCAGCUCCUCAUCCAUGGCUGGUACGCCGUCAUCUGCGGUAUUUUCUCUGUUUCAGACCAACAAGACUAAAGUUUCAGUUCAGAGUGAACGGAGUGGGUUGUUUUCAGGUAAACAAACUGCUGCCACUGCUGUCAACAAGGGAAUUAAACGUAAUUUGCUGAGCGAGGCAGAACCUGGACCAGCAGGUACAGAGAAUCUGAAGUGCCAACCCUCCGGAUCAAACGGACAUGCUUUGAAGACAUCAAAUGAUUUAUCGCCACGGACACUGCUAACGAUAGACAAGCCUUUGGCGGAGAUACUGAGACCAAACACGCUGGAGGAAUACUUUGGUCAAAGUAAAGUUGUAGGCCAGCACUCACUCUUCCGGUCACUCCUGGACUCCCAGGAAAUACCAUCUAUGAUCCUCUGGGGACCGCCGGGAUGCGGAAAGACCACUCUAGCGCACAUAAUUGCCAGCACCAGUAAAAAGGAGGGAACAGCUCGUUUUGUCACUCUGUCUGCCACCAGCACUUCCACCAAUGAAGUCCGAGAGGUGAUCAAGCAGGCGCAGAACGAGCUCCGACUGUGCAAGAGGAAGACCAUCCUGUUCAUUGAUGAAAUUCACCGUUUCAACAAAUCCCAACAGGACACCUUCCUUCCUCAUGUGGAGUGCGGGACGGUAACUCUGAUCGGGGCAACCACAGAAAAUCCGUCCUUCCAGGUAAAUGCCGCCCUGCUGAGCAGGUGCAGGGUGCUGGUUCUGGAGAAGCUCUCUGUGGAGGCGAUGGGCUCGAUCCUGGACAGGGCUGUGGCCACGCUGGGGAUCAGAGUCCUGGGACGAGGUCCAGCAAAUCCCAAAGAUCAAGACCAAUCAGACAGACACGAGACAAAGAUUUUCAUUGAACAGAAAGCUCUGGACACCAUAGCUUACCUGUGUGAUGGUGAUGCAAGAGCAGGACUCAAUGGUCUGCAGCUGGCUGUUCAGGCUCAGGUGAGCUUGGCACGGUCAAACCCAUUAGGACAAGAUGGUUCUCAGGAAAUACUGGUGAAGGAGGAGCAUAUCAAGGAAGGUCUUCAGAGGUCCCAUAUUCUCUAUGAUAAAGCUGGUGAAGAGCAUUACAACUGUAUCUCAGCGUUACAUAAGUCUAUGAGAGGCUCCAAUGAGAAUGCGUCUCUCUACUGGCUGGGCCGCAUGCUGGAGGGCGGUGAGGACCCUCUCUAUGUGGCUCGCAGACUGGUCCGCUUUGCCAGUGAAGAUGUGGGUAUGGCAGAUCCCUCCGCUCUUCCUCAGGCUGUGUCUGCCUUCCAAGCCUGUCACUUCAUCGGGAUGCCUGAAUGUGAGGUGAUCCUGGCUCAGUGUGCAGUCUAUCUUGCACGAGCACCCAAGUCUGUGCAGAUCUACAAGGCCUAUGCUAACGUGAAGGCCUGUUUGAGGAACCACAAAGGCCCCCUGCCUCCUGUCCCCCUACACCUUCGCAACGCCCCCACCAGGCUGAUGAAACAACUGGGCUACGCCAAAGGCUACAAAUACAACCCUGCCUUCAGCAGCCCUGUCGAGCAGGAGUACUUACCUGAGGAGCUGCAGGGAAUGGACUUCUUCACCUGGACACCUUCAGACCCAUGAGGAUCUGUUGUAAUGGUGACUUGCUGCAGUAAGGCGCCUGAAUGAAAACAGUCAUGUCAAAUGAUCAGCUGUUGGGAUAUAGUUUUAUGUACUGUAUCUGCUGAUCCAAAUUCAAACAUACAGUUACGAGUCCAUCAGUCAACCAUCAUGUUACGUUCAAAUCUAUCUACAAUUUUACUUUAGUCUGUUUUUGAAUACUUUAUAAAGGAUACACAAAUCAUAUACAGUUAAUUUACUUCUAGAUAUGUUCAUAAUAAAGUCCUUAAUCCAUUCAAAUACAUAACAAAAACAUACAUUAAAUAUACACAGUAUGCCUUGAAUACAUAUAUGUUAGUUUAUCUUUGUCCUGUCCUUGUAACAUUUUCAAACAUUGUUUAACCUGAUUAAAAUGUGUGUUUCUUUAUGUUGUAAUGUGUAUAUAGUUUGAUGAAAAACAAGACAAAUAUAAUGUGAAAAUGUCAUUAAUACAGUUUAUUGUUCAGUCA